AUGUCGUCUGCUGUUCCCAGUGCUAACCACGGUAGCAGGAGCGAUGCCGCAUCUGCAUCUUCCUCUUCUUCUUCUGCUGCUGCUGCUACUGGCUCUGCUGCGGCUGAUGCGGCUGUUGCCAGCACCAAGGGCACAGGGGGACCAGCAGUGUCGGAGGCAGUCAUUGUGGGUGGAGGAUUGGCCGGCUUCGCAUUGGCUAUCGGCCUCCGGAACCUUGGAAUUGACGCGCAGGUGUACGAGGCGCGCAAGGAGGUGGGAGGAGGGGAGGGCACCAUCAUCUCUCUCUUCCCCAACGGGCUCAGGGCGCUCAGCCGAAUCGACCCUGCCAUCAUGCCCCAGGCAUAUCCUCAACAUGCUGCUGAUGAGCCUCCAUGCUUCUCUAACGGGCUCAGGGUGCUCAAUCGAAUCGACCCCGCCAUUGUGCCCCAGCUGAUCCCCCUCGGUGUCACAGACCCCGCCAGCUUCCUCCUCUCCCCUGCGGGUGAAGUCAUCGCCCCAUGGGGCUACAGUGCCACCAUGACCGCCCGCUUUGGCCUGCCCAUGCUCUCCAUCCGCUGGCGAGACGUGCUCGACGUGCUGCGCGGAAUGCUGCCGAACGACGCUGUCCACACCGGCCACCGGCUCGUGAAGGUCGCGCAGAGGGAGGAGGCUGGAAGGAAUGGGGAGGAGUCCGGUGCGGUGGAGAGGGAUGGCGUGGCGGAGGGGGAAGGCAUGGUGGAGUGCUUUUUCAGCACAGUUUCUUGCGGCAACGAGCAUCUCGUGCGCGUGGAGACCCCGCUGCUGCUGGGGGCAGACGGCAUUCACUCGGAGGCACGGAAGCAGCUGCUGGGGGACGGAGUGAGUCCGCGGGACAACGGCAGAACCAUCUGGAGGGCCAUCAUCGAUAGUAGCCUCUGCCCCCACCCUCUCCUCAAGCCCCGGCAUAUCCUGGCCAUGGUAGGCCCUGGCCGCACAGCAACCAUCUCAGACGCUGCAUCAGGCAGGCUCUACUGGGCGUUCACGCUCGUUGAUUCCGCCGAUCCGACGGUCAGCAGCGCGCGGUCCAGCGGGGGGGAGGAGGCGAGGGGGAAGAUUCUGCGGGCGUUUGAGGGGUGGGAUGUGGUGACUCAGCUGGUCAAGGCCACUCCCCCCGACCUCAUUCUCGAGCGCCGCGUGCUCGACCUCCCGCCCCUGCCCUUCUGGGUCGAAGGCCGCACCGCUCUCCUCGGAGAUGCGGCGCAUGCAGUGACGCCAGCGCUGGGGCAGGGUGCUAAUAUGGCGUUUGAGGAUGCGGCUCAGCUGGUGGAGUGCCUCCGGGUGCACUCCCAUGCCAGUGACGCCUUACUCUCCUUCCAGUCCAUCCGCAUGCCGCGGGUGCAAGCCGUGGUGUCACAGAACGUUGCAUCCUCCAAGAAGAUAUACGAGGAUGAAGAAGAGGAGGGAAAAGAGAGGGAGAGCAGCAAGGGAACUGAGGCAGGAGCAGGUGCAACAACGGCAGGAAAGGGAGGGGGAGAAGAUUCUGAAUUAUAUCAUUACCUGUACUCCUAUGAUACAGUUCCUCUUGACAGUUCUUCUUGA